ACACAGACUCCACGUUUGCAGCAGCCAGGUUGAAGAGAAGGGCAGGCCGCGUGCGUGGCAGAGGACACGUGGACAGCUGGCCCAGGAGGCCCUGCAGUGCGGGGUGCAGGUGUGUCUGCUGCCAUCACCACUCGGGGACACGGACCACUUGGCUCUUUGCGCUGAGCUACCCUCAUCACGGAGUUCCUCUCUGAAGGCAGCCAGAGGCAGCCAUCCCCCUUGUUUCCCUUAUUCUGGGCUUUGGAGGAGGCAGAGCUGUGGUUGUCAUUUUCAUCCUACAGAUGAGGCAACUGAGGUCCAGAGAAGAGGGGAUUCAUCUAACCCCAGUCCCCCAGAGCCUGCAGGCCCCACACUGGGGGUCCCACCCAAGCCCCGAUGCUGAAGUCUAAGGACGGCACAUGCACUUACCCUGGGGCUGCUUGGGCUGGACACUGGGACCUGGAGGACCCAGCAAAGAUGGAGCACUGGGAUAGCUUAACCUCAGAAGAGUCUGAGAACCGACCCCCAGAAGAUUCCCGCUCGGAUCCCCUGGAUGGAGAGCCUGGCUCCAAACCACCUCCAGCCAAGCCCCAAGCCUCCUCUGCGGCCAGGAGCCGCCCUCGGCUCUUUGGGAAGGGUGACUUGGAGGAGGCGUCCUCUGUGGAUUGCUCUUAUGAGGACGGUGAGCUGGCCUGCCGCCCAACCAUCACAGUCAGUCCUGUGGUCAUCGUCCUGAAGCCUGGGGAUGGCCCUACCUAUACCAGGCAGCUGUCCCAGGAUUCUACCUCUGCUGGUGCCGAGAAGACCCACAGGCUUUAUGAUCGCAAGAAAAUCUUUGAAGCUGUCGCUGAGAACAACUGCCAGGAGCUGGAGAGCCUGCUGCUCUUCCUGAAGAAGAGCAAGAAGCAGCUCACCGACAGCGAGUUCAAAGACCCUGAGACAGGGAAAACCUGUCUGCUGAAAGCCAUGCUCAACCUGCACGACGGACAGAACGACACCAUCCCCCUGCUCCUGGACAUCGCCCGGCAGACGGACAGCCUGAAGGAGUUUGUCAACGCCAGCUACACCGACAGCUACUACAAGGGCCAGACAGCACUGCACAUUGCCAUCGAGAGGCGGAACAUGGCACUGGUGACCCUCCUGGUGGAGAAUGGAGCCGAUGUCCAGGCUGCAGCCAAUGGGGACUUCUUUAAGAAAACCAAAGGGCGGCCUGGCUUCUACUUCGGUGAGCUGCCGCUCUCUCUGGCCGCAUGCACCAACCAGCUGGCCAUCGUGAAGUUCCUGCUGCAGAACUCCUGGCAGCCGGCAGACAUCAGCGCCAAGGACUCGGUGGGCAACACGGUGCUGCACGCCCUGGUGGAGGUGGCCGACAACACGGCCGACAACACCAAGUUUGUGACGAGCAUGUACAAUGAGAUUCUCAUCCUGGGGGCCAAGCUUCACCCCAUGCUGAAGCUGGAGGAGCUCACAAACAAGAAGGGGCUGACGCCGCUGGCUCUGGCGGCUGGGACCGGGAAGAUCGGGGUCUUGGCCUACAUUCUCCAGAGGGAGAUUCAGGAGCCCGAGUGCAGGCACCUGUCCAGGAAGUUCACGGAGUGGGCCUACGGGCCCGUGCACUCCUCGCUCUACGAUCUGUCCUGCAUCGACACUUGUGAGAAGAACUCGGUGCUGGAGGUGAUCGCCUACAGCAGCAGCGAGACCCCUAAUCGCCACGACAUGCUCUUGGUGGAGCCUCUGAACCGACUGCUGCAGGACAAGUGGGACAGAUUUGUCAAGCGCAUCUUCUACUUCAACUUCUUCGUCUACUGCUUGUAUAUGAUCGUCUUCACCACGGCUGCCUACUACAGGCCUGUGGAAGGCUUGCCUCCUUUCAAGCUGGAAAACACCGUUGGAGACUAUUUCCGAGUCACUGGAGAGAUUCUGUCUGUAUUAGGGGGAGUCUACUUUUUUUUCCGAGGGAUUCAGUAUUUCCUGCAGAGGCGGCCGUCAAUGAAGACCCUGUUUGUGGACAGCUACAGUGAGAUGCUCUUCUUCGUGCAGUCACUGUUCAUGCUGGGGACGGUGGUGCUGUACUUCAUCCAUCUCAAGGAGUAUGUGGCCUGCAUGGUGUUCUCGCUGGCCAUAGGCUGGAUGAACAUGCUCUACUACACCCGUGGCUUUCAGCAGAUGGGCAUCUAUGCCGUCAUGAUCGAGAAGAUGAUCCUGAGAGACCUGUGCCGUUUCAUGUUCGUCUACAUGGUUUUCCUGUUUGGGUUUUCCACAGCGGUGGUGACGCUGAUCGAAGAUGGAGACAGAAACAGAACAUCACCUGAGUCCACGAUGCACAGAUGGCGAGGGCCUGGCUGCAGAGACAGCUCCUACAACAGCCUGUACUCCACGUGCCUGGAGCUGUUCAAGUUCACCAUCGGCAUGGGUGACCUGGAGUUCACCGAAAACUAUGACUUCAAGGCUGUCUUCGUCAUCCUCUUACUGGCCUAUGUGAUUCUCACCUACAUCCUCCUGCUCAACAUGCUCAUUGCCCUCAUGGGUGAGACCGUCAACAAGAUCGCGCAGGAGAGCAUGAACAUCUGGAAGCUGCAGAGAGCCAUCACCAUCCUGGACACAGAGAAGAGCUUCCUCAAGUGCAUGAGGAAGGCCUUCCGCUCGGGCAAGCUGCUGCAGGUGGGUUACACACCUGACGGCAAGGACGACUACAGGUGGUGCUUCAGGGUGGACGAGGUGAACUGGACCACCUGGAACACCAACGUGGGCAUCAUCAAUGAAGACCCAGGCAACUGCGAGGGUGUCAAGCGCACUCUGAGCUUCUCCCUGCGGUCAGGCAGAGUUUCAGGGAGAAACUGGAAGAAUUUUGCCCUGGUUCCCCUUUUAAGAGAUGCAAGUACUCGAGAUAGGCACUCUGUUCAGCCCGAAGAAGUUCAUCUGAGGCACUUUGCAGGGUCCCUUAAGCCAGAAGAUGCCGAGGUCUUCAAGGAUUCCCCGGCUUCAGGGGAGAAGUGAGGGGGCCACAAGAAUGCUCUCAAUGCCGGACCUCAGGAUACCACUGCCAUUGGGGGCUGUUUAGGAAACCCCAGUGCUGUCGGCAGCCAGGCCCACCCAGGAACUUUCCCGAGACCACUGGAUAGCCUGAGGGAAGUACUGUCAGAGGCCUGGGAAGAGACAUGCCCCCAACCAUCCCUGCCCCCAGGUGGCUCUCCCAACAGGAAAUGACCUCACUUCCAAGUUUUUAUCGACGUCAUUCAACACAUGAAUGGUAAAUUGCUACUGGAACACCUGGGGGCCCUUGUUUUCUUUCAUUUUAUGUUCCUGUGUGCAAAAGUAAAUGGAGUCCAGGAAAACCCUUUUGAGAGAACAAAAAAGAUCCUUUACAGUAAAGUGCUGAAGCCCCUCCUUUCUGUAUCAUGCUUAAUGUCUCGCCUGCCCAAGGUGGUCUGGAGGGUGAGGUUGUUUACUCCCCAGGGAAGGUGGGGGGAGCCUGGUCCUCUUCCCAGCUUUGGUGAAACCAAGUCUUUCCAGGAGUAACUUCUUGCUUCUUUGUGAUCUAUCACAGGCUCAAAAGUAUUAGCUGCUAUUGUUCAGAUAAACAUUUAGAACUACAUCCCCAAGCCACCGGGAGAGAAUUUACGGUGAUCUUCCACUUGUAGUGGUCACGGUUCUGCUCCCCUGUGGUACAUGCUUCCACCACAUCCAUCCUGUCACCCAUCAAAUGAAUAAAUAUUACAUAGACACAUA